AUGUAUAGUUACUUAUACUUUUUACAAUGGAAGAAAGAAUAUCAUUUUAGAGAUUGGGUUGUUCGUAAUCAAGGUUUAGCGGUUAUAUUCAUUAUAUUAACAGUAACUGAUUAUGAGUAUCUGGCAAUUUUGAAAAAUGCGCCUAUAUUUAAAAAAAUUUUAGAAGAAGUGUCUAAAUCUGAUGAAUCUAAUGAAUCUAAUGAAUCUGAUAAAAUCAAACAAAUCAAUAUAUUAAAGAUUUUGAAUAACGUGUUGCCUAGAUCUGAUGAAUCUAGUGAAUCUGCUGAAUUACUUGAUGAAUCUGAUGAA